GUCAUAAUGAGAAGUUUAUGCAUAUUGAAUCGCGUGAUUGGAUGUUAACGAUAGUUUAUAAAGUAGUUUGAAGAAAAAGAUAAGAAUCAGUUUGAGUUCCCUCUUCCAUGAAGGGUCGAACCCAAGUUUAUUACAUCUAGAAUUAUAAGUCAAGGUACAAUGAAUUCCAAGAAUUACUUAUCUUUUGUCUGCUUAGCGUUUUUUAGUGAGUUCGUUUUCUACAGGAUGGGGUCACUAACCCCAUGUCCAACCCUCCUCCUUUAUUCGGGCUUGGGAGCGGCAGUAACCUCAGAGGGGCUUCAGGCAAAGUUCCAAGAAUACAAAGUUUAUGUGUAGAUGGUGUCACAUAUAGACAUGAAUGUGAUCUAUGGAGAAAUCAAUGUUAUUGUCGAUCAGGUGAUUCAAGAUGUGGAAAUGAUCAAUUCAGUAAUCAUAGAGCAAAUGAAAAUUCUGCAAUAAAAUAUUAUGAUGAAUGUCGUGAUCUUAGCGGUUUAUGCGAUUGGGAUCAGAAUGAAAGUACAUUUUCUCUUCGACUUGGAAUGUGGUUUCAAGAGUUGUUACGUCAAAAAUGGUCUUCUGCUUCUUGGUCAAAUGAUGAUGAUAGUCUACUUCGUCCAAUGGAUGCUAAAGCAAGAAGUACUACAAGUAAAUUAGUAUCACAAAGUUCACCUCAUGAAAGAGUUAAUGGUGCUGUGAUUAGUUAUUGGUUUUGUGAACUUGAUCGAAGGAAUAGAGGAUCAUUACAACAAGAUGAUUUGAACUACUUAUAUCAAUUGUUAUUACCUUCAACACCGUGUUUAGAAGUAUUUAUUAAUCGAUGUUCCGGUUCUGGUGGAAUAUCAUUUGAUCAAUGGCAUAAUUGUUUUGAUAUUCCUCAAGAAGAACGUGUUCAAUGUAACGAAUUCAAAUAA